AUGGCUGCCUGGUUUAUGUCUUCGCUAAAACAUCCCAUAAAUGACAAUUUAUUUCAUAUGGCAGCACUGUGCAACAUGAAAUGUCAUUUUAUAAAACAUUUUAAAUUUCUUAGUAUAACCCCAUAUCGCCGGACGAUAUUGGGACCUCUACGUUAUUUCCAUGAUAAACCUGAAGCGAUAGUUAUAGCUGCAGCGGCACGUACACCAUGGGGUAAAUAUCAAGGUCAGCUGGCUUCAGCCAGUGCUUUGCAGCUGGGCCAACUAGCCGUGGAGUCGGCCGUUAAACAAUCCGCUGUGCCCUUAGAACAAAUACAACAAAUAUUUAUGAACGAAAAACCCAAAUUGCAGCAGGAUCAGGGAAAUGAGUUCAUUUUUAGCAAUUUUCUAAAGAAAGCUAAAUAUACAGCCUUAACAGUGGGUGAUAAAGAUGAACCUAAAAUGGAAAGUUUGCUUAAGGCUUUAGAAGCUUUAAAAUCCUCACAUUGUCCGGCUGUAGUUGUGGGAGGUUUAGAAUCUGCUACACAAAAGGAAAGUCUUAUAAACCAACAUCAGGAAAUUUGCCCAAAUGCAGACCUUUUUGCUGAGGUAUCAUCGGAAGUUGUAGAAAACUAUAUAUCAAAAAGUGUUAUCAGAUAUUUAAAAUCUCAAACGGAAGGAGCAUUUGAUGCAGAGUUAGUGCCUCUAGCGGUACAGCAACAAGCGGGUAAAAGAAGAAUCAUACGAGAAAUAACACAAGAUGAAAUUUUUCCCGAAAAUUGUAGAGAAGACAAUAGGACAUUUCAAUAUAGUGAUGGUUCGGCGGCUUUAGUGCUAACCACCGUUAGACAAGCUCAGGAAUUAAAUUUAUCUCCUCUGGCUGUUAUAACCGACUUUGAAUAUGUACGAAACUCUUCAUCGAAUAUGCUGGCUUGUAGUCGUAAAUGUGUGGAAAAGCUUUUUGCUAAAACUCAAUUGCAUCCUCAUCAAAUACAACAUUGGGAAAUUGAAGAUUCUAUACCCCAAAUGGUGGUUUUUCUUAAACAUCAUUUUGAUUUGAAUUUGGAAUUGAUAAAUCCUCAGGGUAGUUCUUUAAUAAUGGGUCAUUCGGCUGCUGCUUCUUUAAUCCGUUUACUUACACAUCUAACACAUACCUUGAAUCCCUCCGAAUAUGGUUGUGUAGUCUCUACCAACUCUCAGGAAUCCUUGGCCUUAAUUAUACAGAAAUUACCCUCUUUGUCUGCCCCGGAACGUUUGCCCCUUAUAACCUUGUAUACCAAAGAUCCUUGUCCUUUGUGCGAUGUUUUGCUCGAGGAAUUGGAGCUUAAUUUUCCCGGUGAAUAUGAAUUGGAAAAGGUUUUUAUUGAUACCAAGGAAAAUCUUCGUUUUCUACGUUUAUAUCGCCUUGACAUACCCGUUGUCUUUCUUAACAAUCAAUUUCUUUGCAUGCAUCGUUUAAAUCAUAGAUUAUUGAGGAAUAAAUUGGACUUUUUAAAAAAAUAAAGAAUAAUUUAGAUAUUAAACAUGA